AUGACAAAAACAACCCUCCUUAAGUUACUUUUAGCAAUAGUGAUGACAUUCAUUUUAACUUUGCCGGACUAUUUCAAGACACCAAAAGGAAACAGUUUGGAGCUAUCAUGUCUGGAAGUGUGUUUACCACUUAAUCUUACCUAUUCAUUCUCUUCCUUAAGUUUUUCUGUUGUGACUUUUCUGCAACGAGUAAGGGAAACUCAGACUCUGAUGGAAAUUUUUCUAAAUCACUCCAACUUUCAAAACUUCACCAGGAUAUGCCAUAACAUCACAAGUGAAUUUAAAAUGUGUUUGGUUUGUGAGUCCAAAGGAAACAUGGAUUUUAUUUCUCAGGAACAAACAUCAAAAGUUCUUAUCAUGAGAGGAUCCAUGGGAGUGAAGGCAAAUUAUCUUCUUUCACCUUGUCGACAUUUUAACCUCUCUGUAGCUCCUGCAGUUGACCACUUGGAGGAAUAUAACUUUACCUGUAAUCCAAAACCAGCCACUAGAAGCUCAGCAGUUAUGGAGGAAGAGCCAACCAAGGAAAAGUCUAUGAACCAUACUUGUGGAAUUAUGAAUUACUCAAAUAAUUGUGUACACAUUUCUUUGUAUGUAGAAAUGGAUGCAAAGAAUUUCUUUUGUCCCACGAAGAUCACUUGGUAUGUGUUAGUAAUAUUAGUUUUUACACUUGUAUUUUUGCUCAUCCUCAUUAAAGUCCAUCAGCAAGUGCAGAAGUGGCAGAGUCAUAAAUACAAACCUUCAUCUGUUCCCUUAAGAAGAAGUGAUUCUGAGAAACCCCGAACACUGGAAAUGCGCGUAAUUUCAGCAGGGACCAAGCAGAGGCUGCCCUCCACUCAGGUCAAGGUGGUGUUUUCUCCAAUACCAGAGCUAGAAGUUCCUUCUACGACCCAUCAGCACGAGUAG